GGCCGCGGGAGGAGCGGGGACCGCGCUGCCCGGCGCCGAGUCCUCAGCACUUUGCUCGCGCACCGGGGGCUCCCGAAGGGAUCCUAGAGCUCGGCCUCUUGCCCCCUCCUCCAAAAGCAGCCUGUGACAAAGCGAGCAUUUCAAUUGCCCGUCGGACUGGCAUUUUUCUCCUUCUGUUUCAAGGGAGCCUCAGUAGAGGUCAGAGGGGCAAGCGAGCAUCUCCAAAAGGGGCCGAGAUCCCCGUGAACGUGGUCAAAUCCACCCCCCACCUCCUGUCGCGGGAAAAUCUCCUUGACAUUUUUCACACUUUGUAGCAGCUGCAGCUAGUUUCGUCGGAAAAGGGGGUGGGAGAAAAAAAAGAAAAAAAGAGGGGGCGGGGAGAGCGGGGAGACACAGCCGAGAGCGAGCCACGAGCUGCGCCUCCUCUCCUGCCAAUCCUGGCACCUGUGCGCGGAGCCGCUGCACCGAGGAGGACCUCGCUCCAGGAGAACCCCGGGCUGGCAGCCACGGACAUCCCGCCCCUGGCAGCGGGUUUUCCCCGGAGGGAACCCGCAGCAGCCCCCUCGGGCCACCGCGGUCGCCUGCAGCCGCGGGAGGAGCGCACAGCCCCCCCUCCGAGCCGCCCACCGUCCCCCGGUCCCCGGGGACCCUCGCCCCACGGAGGCGCGGCAGCGGCGGGCAGGGAGUGUCACGGAGUUGGGUGCACGAUUCGCCUUUCCUGCUCAUCUCCUCUCCGCCCAGGAUUUAUUGUCUGUGGAGCCUUUGGGGGGCGGGGAAGGAGCUGCGCCUCCUCCGCUGCUGCUGCUGCUGCUGCUGCGGUCGCUCCCGCGGCGCGCACGGCGGGCGGAGGCCGGGGAGGGAAGCGCUCCCGCCGCCCCCGCCUGCGCCCCGGGCUUCCACUCCGCGGCCGCUUCCCGCGGGAACCUCUCCAGCCGUCCACCUGAAGGGCACCGGCGGCACCAUGGUCUAAGGUGGCACCUGCCCGGAAUCCCCUCUUUCUCCUCCAGCUCCUCCUCCUGCCACAGACCUCCCAGGUACCCACCUCCUCCGAGGACGCGCGCGCCCACUCCACUGCGGACCCCGGACCACUUUAAGGAAUAACCCUGGGCGGCUGCACGAUUCACUCCCUCCGGAACCUCAUGGGCAGUUUCUCCUGCCGGCCAUGAUGGAGAGCCUACUAAGGGGAAGGAAUCCCCCACAAUAUCAGAGAAGUCCUUGUAAAGAAGUUCGUGCAGCACUUCGGAAGAGGCCUGAAGAGGAGUUGCAUUGCCUGGAGAUGACCACCAAACGGAAACUCAUCGGCCGUCUGGUGCCGUGCCGAUGCUUCCGAGGUGAAGAGGAAAUUGUCUCAGUUUUAGACUACUCCCACUGCAGCCUUCAGCAGGUGCCAAAAGAGGUCUUUAACUUUGAACGGACAUUAGAGGAGCUUUAUCUAGAUGCCAAUCAAAUUGAAGAGCUACCCAAGCAAUUGUUCAACUGUCAAGCUCUACGAAAACUAAGUAUUCCUGACAAUGACCUUUCAAGUCUGCCAACCACUAUUGCUAGUUUAGUUAACCUUAAAGAACUCGACAUCAGUAAAAAUGGUGUACAAGAUUUUCCAGAAAGCAUAAAGUGCUGUAAGUGUUUAACAAUUAUUGAAGCCAGUGUCAAUCCCAUUUCUAAACUCCCUGAUGGCUUCACACAGCUUCUAAACCUGACCCAGCUCUACCUGAAUGACGCUUUUCUUGAAUUUCUUCCAGCCAAUUUUGGAAGACUUGUCAAAUUACGGAUCUUGGAGUUAAGAGAAAAUCACCUGAAAACUCUACCAAAGUCAAUGCACAAACUGGCCCAGCUGGAAAGACUUGACCUAGGAAAUAACGAAUUCAGUGAGCUGCCUGAAGUUCUGGAUCAAAUACAAAAUUUAAGGGAGUUAUGGAUGGAUAAUAAUGCAUUACAAGUACUACCUGGGUCUAUAGGGAAGUUAAAGAUGUUGGUGUACCUGGAUAUGUCAAAAAACAGAAUAGAAACAGUGGACAUGGACAUUUCCGGAUGUGAAGCCCUUGAGGACCUCUUACUGUCAUCCAAUAUGUUGCAACAGUUGCCGGACUCUAUAGGACUGUUGAAAAAACUAACUACUCUGAAAGUGGAUGACAAUCAACUCACAGUAUUACCCAAUACAAUCGGAAAUUUAUCUUUAUUAGAAGAAUUUGACUGUAGCUGUAAUGAACUGGAGUCACUACCUCCUACUGUUGGUUACCUUCAUAGUCUUCGAACAUUAGCAGUCGAUGAGAAUUUUCUUCCAGAAUUACCCAGAGAAAUUGGAAGCUGUAAAAAUGUAACAGUUAUGUCUCUACGCUCCAAUAAACUUGAAUUUCUUCCUGAAGAGAUUGGACAGAUGCAGAAACUAAGAGUCUUAAAUUUGAGUGACAACAGGUUGAAGAAUUUACCAUUCUCAUUUACCAAACUUAAAGACCUUGCAGCUUUGUGGCUUUCUGACAAUCAGUCCAAAGCCCUUAUCCCUUUACAAACUGAAGCCCAUCCAGAAACAAAGCAAAGAGUGUUGACUAACUACAUGUUUCCCCAGCAACCUCGUGGUGAUGAAGAUUUCCAGUCAGACAGUGACAGCUUUAACCCGACACUGUGGGAAGAGCAGAGACAACAACGCAUGACUGUUGCCUUUGAAUUUGAAGACAAAAAGGAAGAUGACGAUAAUGCUGGGAAAGUUAAGGAUCACUCCUGCCAAGCCCCCUGGGAAAGGGGCCAGCGUGGGAUUACUCUCCAACCUGCCAGGCUGUCUGGCGAUUGCUGCACACCAUGGGCCAGGUGUGAUCAGCAGAUCCAAGAUAUGCCCGUCCCCCAGAAUGACCCACAGCUGGCAUGGGGUUGUAUAAGUGGCCUCCAGCAGGAAAGGAGCAUGUGCACUCCAUUGCCAGUUGCAGCACAGUCCACCACUCUUCCCUCUCUAAGUGGCAGACAGGUUGAAAUAAACCUAAAACGAUAUCCAACUCCUUACCCAGAGGAUUUAAAGAAUAUGGUAAAAUCUGUUCAAAAUCUGGUGGGUAAGCCAAGCCAUGGAGUACGUAUUGAGAAUUCAAAUCCAACUGCUAACACGGAGCAAACUGUGAAAGAAAAAUAUGAACACAAGUGGCCUGUAGCCCCAAAGGAGAUUACAAUGGAGGAUUCUUUUGUUCAUCCAGCUAAUGAUAUGAGGAUUGGGGAGCUUCACCCUUCAUUAGCUGAGACCCCUCUGUACCCACCCAAACUUGUUCUGCUAGGGAAGGACAAAAAAGAAUCAACUGAUGAGUCUGAAGUUGACAAAACUCACUGUCUGAAUAACAGUGUUUCCUCAGGCACUUACUCAGACUACUCGCCUUCCCAGGCCUCCUCAGGAUCCUCUAACGCCCGGGUUAAAGUGGGGUCCUUGCAGCCAACAGCUAAAGAUGCAGUGCAUAAUUCUUUGUGGGGUAACAGGAUUGCACCGUCUUUCCCGCAACCUCUCGACUCAAAGCCAUUACUCAGCCAGCGGGAGGCCGUCCCCCCGGGGAACCUGCCGCAGCGCCCUGACCGGCUGCCCAUGAGUGACUCCUUCACCGACACCUGGACCGAUGGCUCCCAUUACGAUAACACGGGGUUCGUGGCCGAGGAGGCCGCCGGCGGCGAGAAUGCCAACAGCAACCCGCUCUUGGGUUCCAAGUCGAGAAACCCGGCCGCCCACGGGCGCAGGCCUCUGCUCCGGCAGGACAGGAUCGUGGGCGUCCCGCUGGAGCUGGAGCAGUCUGCAGCCAGGCACACGCCGGAAACAGAAGUGCCUCCUCCCAACCCUUGGCAGAACUGGACCAGGACCCCCAGCCCCUUUGAAGACAGGACCGCCUUCCCUUCCAAGCUGGAGAGCACCCCCACCACCAGCCCGCUGCCCGAGAGGAAGGACCACAUGAAGGACUCCGUGGACAUCCCCAGCCCCUUCUCCCCGGGGCUCCCGUGGGAGUACCACGACUCCAACCCCAACAGGAGCCUCUUCUCGCAGAUGCACUGCCGCCCGGAACCCCCCAAGGGCAUUCCCAUCAGCAAGAGCACCGAGAGGCUCUCCCCGCUCCUGAGAGACAUCAAGUCCAACAAGUUCAAGAAGUCGCAGAGCAUCGAUGAGAUCGACAUCGGCACCUACAAGGUCUACAACAUCCCCCUGGAGCACUACGCCUCCGGGGGCGAUCACCUGGGCAGCCACGAGCGCCCGGACAGGCUGCUGGGCCCGGAGCCCCUGGGCAUGGCCAGCAUGUCCCGCAGCCAGUCCGUCCCGAUGCUGGACGACACGGAGAUGCUCGCGUACGGAGGCGGCAAGGGGCCUCAGCCCCAGAAAGCCUCCAUGACCAAGAAGGUCUACCAGUUCGACCAAAGCUUCAACCCCCAGGGCGCGGUGGAAGUGAAGGCCGACAAGAGGAUGCCGCCCCAAUUCCAGCACAACCCCGAGUACCUGCAGCAGCAGCUGCAGCAGCAGCAGCAGCAGCAGCAGCAGCAGCAGCAGCCGCCGGGCAAGAGCCUCGCCAAGGACCUCAUCAGCCCGCGGGCCUACCGGGGGUACCCGCCCAUGGAGCAGAUGUUCUCCUUCUCCCAGCCAUCCGUCAACGAGGAUGCCCUGCUCAACGCCGCCCAGUUUGCCAGCCAAGGGGCCAGGGCGGGCUUCCUGCGGAGAGCCGACUCCCUGGUGAGCGCCACCGAAAUGGCCAUGUUUAGGAGGGUCAGUGAGCCUCCCGAGCUGCCCCCCGGCGAUCGGUACGGCAGGCCCCCCUACAGGGGCGGCCUGGAUCGCCAGAGCAGCAGCAGCAUGUCCGUGACUGAGCCCCAGUUCCUGAAAAGGAAUGGCAGGUACGAAGACGAACACCCUUCCUACCAAGAAGUGAAAGCAGCAGCGCAGGCGGGAAGCUUUCCGGUUAAAAACCUCACCCAGAGGAGGCCGCUGUCUGCGAGAAGCUACAGCACAGAGAGUUACGGGGCCUCCCAGACCAGGCCAGUCUCAGCUAGGCCCACCAUGGCGGCUCUCUUGGAGAAAAUACCGUCUGACUAUAACCUGGGUAACUAUGACAAGCCAUCAGAUAACAGUGAUAUAAAGACGAGGCCCACUCCUGUGAAGGGAGAGGAGAGCUGUGGUAAAAUGCCUGCAGACUGGAGACAACAGCUGCUUAGACAUAUAGAAGCUAGAAGGUUAGACAGGAAUGCUGCUUACAAACACAACACAGUUAACCUUGGCAUGCUGCCCUAUGGAGGUAUUUCAGCAAUGCAUGCAGGCAGAAGCAUGACUUUAAACUUGCAGACUAAGUCUAAAUUUGAUCUACAAGAACUACCUCUUCAGAAAACCCCGUCCCAGCAAAGCAACAUUUUAGACAAUGGACAAGAAGAUGUAUCUCCUAGUGGCCAAUGGAAUCCUUAUCCUCUUGGGAGGCGAGAUGUACCUCCGGAGACCAUUACUAAAAAGGCAGGCAGCCAUAUCCAGACCUUGAUGGGGUCCCAAAGCCUUCAGCAUCGUAGCCGGGAGCAGCAGCCAUAUGAGGGAAAUAUAAACAAAGUGACCAUCCAGCAGUUCCAGUCACCAUUGCCUAUUCAGAUCCCCUCUUCACAGGCCACCCGGGGACCUCAGCCUGGACGGUGCUUAAUUCAAACUAAAGGGCAAAGGAGUAUGGAUGGCUAUCCAGAGCAGUUUUGUGUGAGAAUAGAAAAGAAUCCUGGCCUUGGAUUUAGCAUCAGUGGUGGAAUUAGCGGACAAGGAAAUCCAUUUAAACCUUCUGACAAGGGUAUCUUUGUUACUAGGGUUCAGCCUGAUGGACCAGCAUCCAAUCUGCUGCAGCCAGGCGAUAAGAUCCUUCAGGCCAAUGGACAUAGUUUUGUACAUAUGGAACAUGAAAAAGCUGUAUUGCUACUGAAGAGUUUCCAGAACACAGUAGACCUAGUUAUUCAACGUGAGCUUACUGUCUGAAUAUUUUUUAUAAAUAGUGAAGAUAACGUCUAGCCAGACCUAAUGUUCAAAAAUAAAUUUAUACAUAGAGACAAAUUUUGCCAAUUGCUGGACCAAUGGCAAACAUUAGUGCCAAAUGUAUAAUACUAUAUGUUAGCACUGAUCAUCCUUACAAAUGUUAAAACUAUAUAAAUAUGAUGUUCAUGUAGUUAUGUAUUAGUUUUAAUUAUCAGCCUCUGGCUGUGCAUUGGUGCAGGGUUGUUUUUUUUUGUUAUUGUUGGUUUGUUUGUUUGUUUUUAACCAAAUAAGUUUCUUCUCAAAGUGGAUUUCAUAUGAUUUCGGAAGCACGGAAGCACACACAAGCUCUUUACAAAUUCUGCUCUCCAUCAGAAACACUGCCUCAAUGUUGUAUCUGCCUUUCUAUAGAAAAUACAAAUAUGAAGAAUUGUAAUUCCCAUAAAAUAUUUCUAGCACAAGGUGUAUGUUGGCAUAUACACACAAAAAAGAAUAUAGAGCAAAACAAUAUUUUCAUAAACUAAACAUCUUGGAUUGAGAAAGCAAAUAUAUCUUAAAAUAAGACUUUACUAUAUUGACUCUUUUUUCAAUAAAAAUUACAUGAUAAUGCCUUAUGGAAGUAACUGUACAUAUGGUAAAAAGUGUUUAUAUUUGGUUCCAUAUUCAUUUGCUAAAUUCUCAUAAAACAGAGUGAAAUAUUUCAUAAAUUAGCCAUUUAUCUCUGGGACCUGAAUAAAACUAGGACGAACUAAUUUAUUCAAUGCCUUUAGCUAAUUACAGAACCUGCAGAGUUAAAACACAGACUAAAGGUCAUCAUAGGUAAAUCUUUUCACCACAAAUUUAAGCAGUGGAUGAUGGGUGGCAGGAAAGGUAUUGCUUUAUUUCUUUCAAGUUUAUAUUGAUUAUAAACUGUAGCCCUUGUGAUUUCUUUACUUGUAAAUGUGGAAUUUAUUUGUGUGUUGCUUUCUCUAAUUUGCUACUUUUAAAUACUUUGAAAUGAGUUUUGGGGAUUGAUAAAAUUUAUCAUUAAAAAAGACUGCUGUUAGAAAGUUAAUGUGGGAGAUUUAAAAACUUUGGUAUUUAAAUAUGAAACUUCAAAUAUAAUUCCUCAGAGCAAUAGUCUACCUGUAGUAUUCAUUUUGAUGCCUGUUUUUGUGGGCAAAAAUAGAGAAAAUACUUUUGUUUCAAAAAAGUUUCAAAGUAUAUAAAAUCCUGAAUUUUGUCUCACUGGAGAAAAAGACAAGCAUAGUUCAUAUGGGCUUAGUUAUUUUUACAUUAGAACUGUUUUCCUCGAUAAAAAAUAAAUCCAUUUUCUAAUCCUUUAAACACAUUUCUUUUAUAUACUUAUCAUUAAUUUGAUUAAAAUAUUAAUUUUAAAUUUUAGAAUAAUCUCUCAAAGUUGGUUGUAUGAAUUCUCUCUCAUAUUUCCAUAUAGCUCUUUUUAAUAUAUAUGUAAUAAAUUUACUUUACACACUAGUAUUAGGAUUUUCACAGUAGUAUCCGAUAUUGAUGUCACUGAAGCUCUGAGAAUAAUAUUUGUAAGUUAAAUGUUUUAUGGGGACAUUGAAAAUAUUGUAUUUUUGUAGGGUCUAUUAAAAUGAAUGUCACUUA